AUGUCACAUGGCAAGUUUCAAGCCUUUGACUAUGGAAGGGUGGGGAAUAUGGCGCACUAUAACCAAACAACGCCCCCAGCCUACGGCCUCAACAACAUGGACAUUCCACUGAAGCUCUAUUGGGGUGGCGACGACUGGCUUGCGUCACCUCACGACGUCAUCAACCUCCUCGAGGAAUUGCCGAAACGGAGUUACAUUCGUGACAGAUACCUGCCCUAUUACAACCAUCUAGACUUUGUGUGGGGUCUAGAUGCCACGAAGGUCAUCUACACAGACAUACUCGACUUCUUCAAAGAAUUCCAAUAA